GAAGAAUUAAAGAUGGCAAAAAACAGUGAUGGGAUACACAUCUUGCAGGGUCUAUUAGUUUUUGGGAAUGUCAUCAUUGGGAUGUGUGGCAUUGCCCUGACAGCAGAGUGCAUCUUCUUUGUGUCUGAUCCCAAUGGUCUCUAUCCUCUGCUGGAAGCCACAAAAAACAACGACAUCUAUGCUGCUGCUUGGAUCGGCAUCUUUGUUGGCUUUGCACUCCUUGCCCUGUCUAUCCUUGGUAUCAUUGGAGUCAUAAAGUGCAACAGGACCUUGCUGAUGGUGUAUAUUAUUCUCAUGCUGAUCACAUAUGCUUUUGAAAUGGCUUCUUGCAUCACGGCAGCCACUCACCGAGACUUCCUCACUCCGAAUCUCUUCCUGAAGCAAAUGCUGCAGAGGUAUCAGAGUCCUGAGGCAAACAGUGACAAUGACAAACGGAUAACCGAAGGGGUCACAAACACAUGGAAUAAACUCAUGCUUCAGAACCAGUGCUGUGGGGUGCAGGGCCCCUCUGACUGGCAGAACUACACGUCCACCUUCCGCAUGACGCACAGCGAUGCUGACUUCCCUUGGCCACACGAGUGCUGUGUCAUGGAUUCACAAAGGUCUCCUGUCAACCUCAAUGCCUGCAAGCUUGGAGUCCCUGGCUACUAUUAUGACAAAGGUUGUUAUGAUGCUAUUUCUGGGCCAAUGAUCACACAUGCCUGGGGUGUUGCCUGGUUUGGUUUUGCCAUCCUCUGCUGGACUUUCUGCGUCCUCCUUGGUACCAUGUUCUUCUGGAGCAGAAUUGAAUACUGA